AUGGCACCAAUGGCACCACAACAACCCCUGAAGCAUCGUGCUUGGCAAUACACAACGACAAAACCUCCCCUGGAAGCCAACCUUGUCCUCAACCACACCGCGACCGUCCCAACACCAAAAUCAAACCAACACCUCAUACAAAUCAUCGCCGCAGCUCUCAAUCCCGUCGAUUAUAAGCCAGCUGAAAGUUCUCUAAUCAGCUCUCUCUUCGUUAAAAACCCCGCAACACCAUGUAAUGACAUCUCAGGUCGCAUUGUAAAACCUGCCGUCAACUCAAGCCUCAAAGCAGGUCAACUUGUUUGUGGAACUUCAGGAAAUGAUAACCCACUAGCUGGUGGUGCAUUAGCCGAGUUUGCAUGGGCGGAACUGGGAUCGAUCACGGCUCUUCCCGCCCAGGGCGUGGAUGUGAUUGAUGCUGCGGGUGUUGGUAUUGCAGGUUUAACAGCCUAUCAGUCACUCGUUCCUUACGUCAAAAAGGGAGACAAAGUGUUUAUCAAUGGCGGCUCUGGAGGGUGUGGUGUUUUCAGUAUACAGAUCGCCAAGGUUCUAGGAUGUUAUGUUACUACGUCCUGUUCGACGGCCAAUAUUGAGCUUUGCAACAGUUUGGGCGCUGACGAGGUGAUUGAUUAUACGAAGCAGAAUCUGAUUCAAAGUUUGGUCGCUAGUGGUGGUUUUGAUCAUGUGAUGGAUAACGUCGCUGGGGAUACGAGUCUCUAUUUUCGUUGUCAUGAGUACACAAACCCGACGGCCAUUUAUGUCAAGGCGGGACUCACUGUUUCUAUGCAGCAUUUACUGGCUACAAUGAAAAUGACACUGUUGCCUGGUUUUCUGGGUGGUGGGAAGAGAAAGCUUUUAAACUUCCUAACUAAGACAAACCCAGAUCACCUGGCUCAGGUAGUAGCUUGGAUGGAGGAGGGAAAAGUUAGAACGGUGGUUGAUGAAAUAUUCGCAUUCGAGGAUGCUCCUAAGGCAUUUACGAAGCUGAGAACCGGCAGAGUCAGAGGAAAGGUGAUUGUUGAUGUCGCGUCUGAAACAUAUGAGCAAGUGAAAAUGGAUAUCUGA